UGAAAGUGAAAGCUUAUAGAGAUUAAGGGAGGCAGUUGCAGGAUCAGUGAAGCUGUGUGAGCACUUGGGAAGAACAGAGGGGCACCGGGAGAAGAGCUGCAUUGCAUUUAUAGUAAUAUUUGCCUCUUACAUUACACAGCUGCCUACCGAGUCUCUUUCUGUGCUGCACACAUUUGCCAGGAUGAACCCGUGUUUCUUUUACCUCCUCCCGUCCCUUCUGCUGAUUGGAUUUGCGUUCCAAAGCUUUGGGGAAGCUUAUGAAACUAAGCCUCUGGCCUGUGUAUUGGUGGAAGAGAUUGGGGGAGGAGGUAGUUCUAUCCCUCGCACGAUCCGUCAGACACCAGUUGAACUACAUUUGAUAGAUCCCUUGAACCUAAUUCCUGAAGCUCCUAUAACUUCCAGUCCUGAAACUUUGCACUUACAUGUGACUGACCCUUCUGGAAAGUUACUGUCUCCAAGGCUCUCAUCAUGUGAAGUGACCUAUCUGUUGCCCCAGGAGGUUCCACUGGCUUGGGUGCGCUCACUUACAGAGGAGAAACGUAGCCCACGGGCUCUUGGGCAUCCUUGGUAUAGCUUAUCUGUGAAGGAUGACGCAAGUGGAAACACUGUGAGUGCAGUGCUUGGUCCACAGGGGGAAGAAGAUGACAAGUUGACAGUUUUUCUUGCUGUGUAUUCCACAUCAGCAACCCUGUAUGCCCGUCUUGGUGACCCACUGUAUGUGCCUUGUGGUUUCUGGCGAGGCCAACAAUUUCGUUCUGCAAUUGAGUGGCGGCAUCGUGCUCUUGGAGAUGGAAAAGUGCUGUAUGCUUAUGAUGGCAGACUGGACCGAAUUGAAGAAAUAUUCCCAGGCUACGAGAUGAACUUCUCCACUUUGCAGUCUCAAGGGAAUGCAUCACUCUUAGUGGAUAAAGUGGCUGUCUCAGACCAUGGCACCUUCCUCUGCACAAUAUACUUGCCCUAUAUAAGGGCACAAAGGGAUAUGCAGCUGGAAGUCACAGCCCUGCCUACAGUCACUUUCCUGCCUAACCCUCUCUUUGCUCGACCUAAUGAAGAAAUUACUCUCUCCUGUGAGGCUUCUCAUUUUCACCCACUGGAAAUCUCAGUAGAACUCCUGAGACGUCUUCCGGGGGAUUCCCAGUUCUCUGUCCUUCCUGGCGUAUCCCUGUCCACUCACACACUUAACAAGGAUGGCACCUUCAGCCUUACAGCAAGCCUGAGCAUCAUCGCCAGCCCUGAACAUCACGGAGCUCGUUACUUCUGCAGAGUCCGUCACAUCAGUGUCCCAGAAGGAGUAACACGUUCAAAUACCCUCCACGUUGCAGGUGUGGCAGGAUUAUCUCUUGAAGAUGGGAUGUACCUGUUUGCGGUGGCGUUAGCUCUAUAUGGAUCCCUUACCUUUCUGCACAGGAAAUUUAAGCUGGUUAUUGGUAUCCACGAGAGUAAAAAGGAUGAAUAAAUCAAGCAACAGAAGACAAGAAGAGUGUGAGUGUGUGUGCAAGUGACCCCUAGCAUUGUACAUGUAUGUGUAAGUGACCCAUAGGGGGUUAUUUACUAAACUCCAAAUGCAAAAAUCAUGAAAAAUUCGGGAUUUUUUUUAAAAAAAAAUCUGACAUUUAAAAUUUUACUACUAGCCCUAUUUAUUGGGGUCACGGUGAGCGCAGGUUUUUUUAUUGCCUCUUUAUGCUGCUUAAUGCUAAUCUUGCAUAUUGCCAUGUGAUUGUGCCUGUUGUACAAGUGCUUUUGCUUCUUGUUGUGUGUAUGGUGAAUUUAUUGGCACAGAAAAUUUCUAAAAAUGAUCAGGGUAGAUAUUUACAGUAUUUUACUGAAAAUGGAAAGAAUCAUAGAAAGAAUAGAUCCAUUCAAAGCCACAAGACCAUUUUAUCUACUAUGAAAAUGUAGUGUUUGUAUAUGUAAGGCCAGGGCCAAACUAGCUUAUAAUAGCUAAAUGACUUAGAACUGCAAAUAGGCUUUAUUUUUUUUAUGGGGAAGGUGAUAUGAAGUACAAAUUCAAUGUAUUAUGGGUUUCUUAUCAUCUAGUUUUGAGGUUGCCUGUUUCUAUAGUACAGAAUCUGCAGUAUGGUGCCUAUUAUAACUUUUUCAGUUCAGGCACAUGACCAAAUGUUGGACCACAAAAUUAAGGCUUAAUAACUUUGACUUUUCCUGCCCUGAUCUAUGUUUCUUUGUCUCUCCAUUGUGGUGCUGGCUGAGAUUACCUAUGGGGCCAAAAAAAUAUCCAACACGUCUGGUUGGAUCUCAGAUAUUGAUCAGGGUGGUUGCAAAAUCCAAUGUCUUGAUGUGGCCCUCCUCCAAAGGUCCUGCACAGGUCCCCUUCUAAUCUGACCAAAUUAUUGUGUCACCUUGAUAUUGUAUCAACCCCAAGGCAUAUGAGAUUAGUGAAAAAACAGGUCAGGUAAAGUGUUUUGUACUGUGUUAGCCGGAUGAAGUUGAAGGGGUGAACAGGUGAUACCUUUAUUGGCUUUCAGAACAUUUCAGUUCCUUCUUGAAAGCUGAUUACAAAGAAGCUAUGCUGGCUCUGACACAUACUGUAUAUAUAUAUAUAUAUAUAUAUAUAUAUAUAUAUAUAUAUAUAUGUAUAUAUAUACAGCAUUUUGUACACAAAACUGUUAGAAACAAAAGGAAAAGCACUUAUGCAUAUACAUAUAUGGAUUGUACGCAGAGACAGACAGAGGUGGUUUAUACAAAGGGGUCCAGAUAAGGAACUAAUUCAAUCUAAGAUGUGAAGUAGAUUGCAGUUUAAAGUCGUAGUUAGUUCUCUUCACAGAUAUUUUUUUUUUGUUUUAGGAUAUUUUCUAGUUAUCCAUUAAUUCAUGCAGUAAUGGAACUAUGGAGAGGCGGGCCCGGGUGCAGACCGUGCAGCCUGGCCCUUCCCACCCCCGCCGGAAGCAGUUUUUUUGUGCACGGAUGCAGUUUUUUCAGUGUUUUCAUGCUCCGUGGACUGCCAGUGGGCACGCAGGGGGUGCGGUCCCUGGUGCAAUUGCACCCCUGCUCCCCCGGUAGUUCCGCCACUGAAUCCGUGGCCUAAAUUCCGUCCUGUCUCCAGACUUUUAAAAGUUUGCAUAAGCUUGUGUUCCCACACUUUUCGUUCAUUUUUAUUUUUUUAAAUUGCCUUUGACAACUGCAAUUUUGAAGUCGUACAGAUUGUGGUUGGGGCUAUUAAAAUAUCUGGUGACCUUGGUGGCUCUCUAUAUGUUGUGGUCUACAAUUUAUAGCCUCUGUUAAUAAAGUCUUUCCUUUGGGUUCUAAGGUGUUGGUCCCUUUCUGAAGUGUCAGAGAAGAUUUAAUUGUAGUGCAGGGCAUGGAAAACCAGAUAUUUUUAUAUAAAAACAAAUAUUUUUAUAUAAAACUUUACUUUUUCACAAUAGUUCCCCUUUAACAUGAAGAACAAAAAAACAUCACUUAAUCUGUAUGGGGUAUAUAUAUUUGGGGAUUAAUACUUAAAAUCUUUAACCUUUAAGGGCAAUGAAAGGGACACUUAAAUGCCUAUUUUGCUAAUUUGUGAAGUUUUCAAUUUUUUUUCAAAUUUGAAAAUGCUUGAAAUUUUACCAAACGUGAAUAUUUGCUUCGUUAUUGAAAAGUCUUCAAUCUCUCGUAUAAACAUGAAUUUUCAGGUGUUUUCUUUCCUGCAGGAGAGGUGAUUUUCCAUGGCCGACAAAGUAUCCCAUCUGUCAUUGCCCUUAUGCUAUUUAAAUGUUUUUUUUGGAUACACAGUGGUUGAUUUAAAAUGUUUUUUUAAAGGCUGUGUAAUAAAUAAAGUUUCAAAAUGUGUUUGUACUUUA